UUAAACACCGAUCUUCAUUUUCCGAAUUUACCCCCGAUUCCAGCAGCCGAUAUGCCGAGUCCGAUGCUCGAAAGAACACUCUGCUACAACUCUCUUCCUCUCUGAACCACACCCCGAACAAACCACCAAUCUCAGUCCCAAUGUCAAUGGCAGCCAUUGUAGUCCUGUAUCCAUCUCCAGGCAUCGGCCACCUCAUCUCCAUGGUAGAACUAGGCAAGCUCAUCCUCACCCGCCACCCUUCCUUCUCCAUCACCAUCCUCACCACCACUACUUCCUUCAACACCGGCUCCACCGCCCCUUACCUCCGCCGCGUCUCCUCCACCACUCCCUCCAUCACCUUCCACCACCUCCCCCUCAUCCCUCUAGACCCUGCCUCCUUCCCCUCCACGGAAGCCAUCACCUUCGAGCUCCUCCGCCUCAACACCCCCCACGUCCGCCGCUCCCUCCUCUCCCUCUCCACCACCACCACCAUCGCCGCCUUCAUCAUCGACCUCUUCUGCACCCCCGCUCUCCCACUUGGCUCAGAACUCAACAUCCCCACCUACUACUUCUUCACUUCCGGCGCCGGUUGCCUCGAUUGCUUCCUUUACUUACCCACCAUUCAUCAAAACAUUAACCAAAGCUUCAAAGACUUAAACACGGAUCUUCAUUUUCCGAAUUUACCCCCGAUUCCAGCAGCCGAUAUGCCGAGUCCGAUGCUCGAAAGAAACUCCACAGAAUACGAAUGCUUCAUUGAUUUCUUCAACCACAUGCCCAAAUCCGAUGGGAUUAUUGUGAACACGUUCGAAGCACUGGAGCCGAGAGCUGUUAAAGCAAUCUCGGAUGGAUUGUGUGUUCCUAACGGUGUUACCCCGCCGGUCUUUUGUAUAGGGCCGUUAAUUGCCUCCGGUGAGGACCGUGGCGGUGGUGACGUGGAGGAGUGUUUGACGUGGCUGGAUACGCAACCGAGUCGAAGCGUUGUGUUUCUGUGUUUUGGAAGCUUGGGUUUGUUCACAGGGGAGCAAUUGAAGGAGAUUGCAAUCGGGUUGGAGAGGAGUGGGCAGAGGUUUUUGUGGGUGGUGCGGGCUCCACCCACGCAAACCCCGGUGCUUGUGGCAUUGCCCGACCCGGAUUUGGAUUCGUUGCUCCCGGACGGGUUCUUGGACCGGACGAAGGAGAGGGGGUUGGUGGUCCAGUCGUGGGCCCCGCAGGUGGCGGUGCUGCAGCAUGACUCGGUAGGUGGGUUCGUGACUCACUGCGGGUGGAACUCGGCGUUGGAAGCCGUGUGCGCUGGGGUUCCGAUGGUGGCGUGGCCGAUAUACGCGGAGCAGAGGCUGAAUAGGGUGCUGUUGGUGAUGGAAAUGAAGCUGGCCUUGUGGAUGAACGAGUCGGAAAGCGGGUUUGUGAUGGCAGAGGAGGUGGAGAAGCGAGUUACUGAGUUGAUGGAUUCAGAGGAAGGAAAGGCAGUUAGGGACCGAGUCAAGGCAGCGAGUGAGGGCACAAGGGAAGCUACGAGUGAAGGCGGGUCGUCCCGAGUUGCGCUGGCUAAGUUAGUAGAGUCAUGGAAGCAGAGUUGAGUUGACCCACAUGGUCACAAUCUAGCUUGGUUGGUGAAAAAGAAUAUUUGAACUAAUGGCUCCCUUGCCAAUGAGCUACCAGUUGUAAGUGGCUAGUGAUCAGUUUAAUAACAAGAAAUGAUAUAGCUGUUGUGUU